AUGAACUUUUUAAAUUAUUUUUUUUUAAUUUUUAAUUUAAUUACAAUAUCUAUUACUCAACCGAAUGUUGAUUUUUACAAUACUGGAGUAAAUAAUUAUGAAAAUCAUCAAAUUCCAACGAAUAUAGUUUCAUCAUAUAAUACUUAUUCAACAAAUCAAAAUCCCAGUGUAUAUCCUGAAAUUAGAGAAUAUGAUUUUAGUAAAUUAUUUCAAAAUUCAAAUUUUAAUACUAUUCCAAGUUCAGCUUCUUCAUACUAUUCCUCGAGUCCACAAGGAAAUAAUAAAAAUUCUUUUGCUGAAACAAAUACAAUUGAAGAUUUACCUUCAAUUAAUACAGCAAAUUUAGCAAGCCAAGAUCCAAAUGUUUUGGCUCAAUAUCUUAAGUAUGUAGAGUCAGUUCAUAAUGUAGAAAAUGAUAAUUUAAAAGGAAUAUCAAGUCAAAAUCCAUAUUUAUCUACAUUAUUACAAGGAAAUUCACAGGUUAAUCUUCCUGAACAACCAUUAACUCAAUAUGCAACUAAUCUUAAAAUUCCAGAAUCAGCAUAUCAAACAUCAAAUGUUUUACCAUCAUCAGGAUAUUCUGUUUCCUCUCAAUCAAAUGUUAAUUUUCCUUCAUCUUCUUCUUAUACUUUACCAAAUUCAUAUUCACAACAAGAAAAAAUGACAUAUAUUUCUCCUUCUUCAGAAAAAUUACCUUCUGAUUAUUCUAAAAAUACUAAAACUUCUUAUAAUAUGGAAUAUAAUAUUCAACCUGGAUAUAAUGGUUAUUCAGUAAAUCAACCAACACCAGUAAAUAAUCCAUCUAUAUAUAGUGGACAAGAAACUAAUAGUCGUCAAGUUGUUUCAUCAAAUUUACCAUAUCAAAACACAGUAAAUUCUCCAUAUACAAUUCCUCAAGGAUAUGUUAAUCAACCAUCAAUUGUUCCAUCAUCAUAUAGUGAAACACCUUCUACUGUUCAAAAACCAUAUGAAAUACCAAAUACAAUAAAUGGAUAUACUAAUAAUAAAGUUUCACAACCAACAUCUUUAUAUACAAGUAAUGGACAAUAUAAUAUAAAUAAUGAAGUUUCUUCAUAUACUUCAUCUAAUGUUCCAGUUGGUUUACCACCAGCACCAAAAACAUAUACAUAUGUUCCUCCACAAAAACCUACAGCUGCACCUCAAGUACAAAUUACACCAGCUCCUAUAUAUCCAUCAAAUAAAUAUAGUAUUAAUCCAUCUAAUUAUAAUGUUCCUGUAGCUUCACAAUCAACAAAUUAUAAUUAUCAAAAUAUUGGAAUAAGACAACCAACAAAUGUUCAACCAGUAGUUUAUCCUAAUAAUAAUGCAUAUACUAAUAUUCAAUCAACAAAUAAUCAACAAAUAAAUAAUGGAUAUCCACAAGCUAUUCAACAACCAACACAACAAAUAAUUCAAACAACACAAAGUCCAAUUCAAAUACAAACAUCACUUCCUAUAAAAGAAACAAAUAUUUAUAAUAUGGAAUCAAGUUUAUAUAAUACUAAAGAUACAAAUAUAAAUCAAGGAUAUUCUAAUAAUGUUGUAUCAAAUUAUGUAAAAUCAACAGAAAAAGAAGAUAAUUUUUAUGUUCCCGAUGAUCAAAAAAGUAUUUAUGAAAAUGUUGAAGAAGAUAAUUAUGAAAAGACAAAUUCAUUACCAUCACAAGGUAGUUCUUAUAGAAAUUCAUCAGAAGUAUCAGAAAAUAAUAAUGAUAUUAGUUCACAAACUUCUAUAGCUGCAUUAACACAACAGAUUAAACGCCUUCCAGCAGUUUUUUAUGCAGAUUCAACAGAUUCAAAUACUCAACGUAUUGAACAUAUGCUUCGUGAUACCUAUGGACUUCCUUUAGUUACUUUUUAUUUAGAUAAAAUUGAUGAUACAAAUACAGUAGAAAAAAAUCUUCAAACAUUAACAGCACAUACUGGUUCACCUUAUCUUUUUAUAUGUGGUACAUUUAUUGGAAGUCAACAACAUAUAGAUAAUUAUAAUGAUAAUAAACAAAUUCCACAAUUAGUAGAAUAUGUUUGUGGUGAUCAAAAACAUAGGCAUAGAAGUAAACGUCAUGACACAACAGUUUCAUUCCCUAAAGUAGAAUGGAAAAAAAUUAGUUCUAAAUAA